AUGCAGGAGGUGGAGAAAAAACGGCCGAUAAUCUCUGCUAGAGAAAGAGGCCCGGGCCCUGGACGCUACGCUCUGCCACCUACAGUUGGAUACAUCAAUCAUGACUAUACCAAGCCCAGCAGCCCUGCCUAUUCCUUCCACAGCCGCAUGACCAGUGCCAUGGUCUCUGUGGACUCCAGCCCAGGACCAAGGUACUACAUUGAUGCCAUGGUCACCCGGUUUGGCCGGAUGGAAACCCCCUCCUACUCAAUUUUGGGCAGAGGAAGGCGCACAGGGAAUAAAGGUGAGCCGUUCCAGACUCCAGGGCCGGGGGCCUACAGCCCAGAGAAGGCGCCACCUCUCAAUGCUCAUCAAAGACCACCGUCUUACACCAUCGGCACCCGCACCAGAUACCGCUCUGUGGAUGCUGUACCAGCACCCAACAGCUACAUGCUUCCUAAUCUGCUGGGCUGCCAGGUUCCUAAUAAACCAUCCAGUGCCAGCUAUAGCUUCUCAGCCCGGAGGAAGGUCGGAGCUCCCUCCGAAGACCUCUCCAUGAGCCCCGGACCAGCAAAAUAUAACAGCAUCAACCCAGACGUUUACCGCCAGCGCCAGCCGUCCUUCUCCAUGCAGAGCCGGACUAAGAGGCCUAAUUAUUCCUUUACUAUUCCCGGCCCCGGCACGUACAGCCCAGAGAAGUUUCAUGUGCACCUUCCUAAACCACCGUCCUGCACUCUGGGUGUCAGACACUCUGAGUUUGUCACACCACUCGUGGUGGAUGUCAUUGACUGA